UUUUUCAUGGCAGCUCGUUAGCGCUCGCUGUUCCAGAGGGCUCGACAAGACAGACUCGACUGGGGCACCUCGCAUUCUGCAUGAAAGCAGUGCUCCUAGAAGACUGUUUUUCUGGGAUUCUAAAAUAACCAUGAAACUGGCUGUUCCACCGGUCGAGGAUUGGGAUAUCAAAUGGGAGGAUAUAGAGCUGGGCGAGCAAAUAGGUAAAGGUAGCUUCGGGCUCGUCUUCAAAGCCAAAUACAUGGGCAUAGACGUGACUGCCAAACAAAUCAGUGGUGACGUUGAAAAGGUCAAAAAAUUCCACCACGAAGCUUCUAUAUUGAGAUCGCUUCGCCACCCACUAAUCGUGCUGUGGAUGGGUGUCUGCAGAUGUGGAGACAAGUUUUAUCUGAUACAGGAAUACGUAUCAAUGGGGAGUCUACACAGCAUCUUGACCAAUCACUCAAUAGAACUCUCUUGGGCUGUUUGUUCGAAAAUGGCUCUAGAAAUUUCACAAGCUACGCUUUUUUUACACAGAAAAGGAAUUUUACAUAGGGACCUCAAGGCGGAAAACGUACUCGUCGAGGGCUCAGAAUACGAUCUGUCGACAACAGGCUUUUUUGGAAGGUGCAAAGUCGCCGAUUUUGGGUUAUCGACCCUGCUCAGCGACGAUGAAGUACCCAUGUCUGAGGUCGGUACACCGUGGUGGAGGGCACCGGAGCUGUCAACGCAUCAUUACGGACCAGCUGCGGACGUGUUCAGCUUUGGGAUUUUAUUGUGCGAAAUUAUUACGAGAAGAAAUGGAGAUGACAUUCGCGCCGGAAUGACGUAUGAAAGAAACAGGUUGGAUUUCGCGACAGACCCAGAGUUGUUGAUGAAGGACCCAGAACUCGGCCCUUUGAUGGCGAUGAGCCCGCCUGGUAUGAAGGACCUGGCGAUGAGGUGCUGUAGAGAGGAUCCAAACGAACGCCCGAAGACAGAACAGUUGGUGCAGGAGUUGGAGUGCCUGUCCCUCAAGUUUGUCGAGCUCAGCAAAUACUGCUUCUCGAUGUUAAAGAAGCUUCUGCUGGGCUCGGACGGCAACGACAGCUACCACGAGGACAUUUUGCCUCAGUUAAUUUAUGUACCAUAUAAAAUCUGGGUAACCGCUGUUGGUGCGCUGAUAGAGAAGGACACAGACGUAGCGCAAUUAAGAGUACCUGCAGCUCGAGUCUUCGAUCUAAUUGAAAAACGCCUUCAGCGACAGAUGGGCAGAUGUCUGGACGAACUAGGAAAACAGUUUCUGUCUAAGGUGAUGAAGGUCCAGGGCAAAAACCCGCCCAUCGAUAUCAAAGAUUUUUCUCGACUAUGGAAGUGGGUUUCCGUUUUCGAAAGAAGCAUUCGACAUCGCACCGUUCUGCCCUUGUUUCGCUACGGAUUUAUACACGGAUUUGUGUAUAGCCGUACAGCAAGGCAACUCUUAUUAAAUCACGGCGUCGACGGCACAUUCAUCAUUCAUUCCAGCAGCAGCCAGCCAGACUCCCUAAUUGUAUCUUACUUACACAAAAAAAAACUGCAUCAAGUACGUAUCAAAUUAGGAGCUCUGGACGAUCCGAGGGGCGGCCACUUCAUACUCAAGAACAGCAAAUUCAAAACCUUAACAGAAGCCCUGAGUCACAUCAGCAACUUUCACGCCACGACGCAGCGCCCUGUGCUACAGUAUGUCUAUCCAAAUCGCCCGAUCGACGCACCAGAAUUCCAAAAGGCGCUGCUGGAAGUAGAGCGGUGCCCUGGUGUCAGUCGACCUCUAUGAAAAACAUAACUUUCCUCACGUAUCUUGUACAAGUUAUAAAAAAUCAAGCGGUCCUGUACUCCCGCCUUUUAUGCA